AUGAGCGGUGAAGAACCUGACUUUGAGCCCACCGGUAUCUUCGACUUUGACCUCGAAUUGCCAGCCAAGGCGCCUGAACCUGAACCCGCAAACGCCAUCAACGAAGACACAGCCGCGCCUCUGCACGAGCAAGAUACCAAUGGCGCCUCCAGACCAAGGCCUGAGCGACGCCCGAGUCCUCCACGGAUGCCUACGCCGCCUCCCGACUUUUUGGGGGAAGAAGAGAAUUGGGAAGAUCAGUUGGCCCAGGCGGAGCUCGAGUUUGAUCUGGCUGGAUUAGAGUCGCCGCGUCGAGAGAAUGCGAGUGGAGGUGGGGGUGGUGGUGGUGGGGAGGAGACUGGGGCUGGGGACGAAGAUGAGUUUCUCGAUGCUGGCAUGUUUGACGAUUUCGACGGACCUGUCGCUUCUUCUUCUCGAGUCACCCUCACACCCCCACCUCCAGUCUCGCACGCAAGCACCUCUCGCGCGAAUGCUGUACCACCACCUCCUGCUGUGAGAGAAAGAGAGCCUGUCAGCAGCUUGGUCGAACCCAGUAUACCUUGUCCCCUACCUUCCUUGCCCGCGGCUACAGCCGGUGGGAGGACGGUGUUUUUCAAGAGACGGUGGCGUCUUGAAGCUGCUUCCGCCCAGUUGCUGCAGUUGAGAGGCGGCAAGGCUGAUGCCGGUGAACUACUGACCGUGCCCCUGCACAAGCUUUUACAAGAAGUGGACGAGCUCAAGUCGCGCGAGAAGGCCUUAAAGCUUCAGGAUAAAUAUGACAAGGAGCGCGAGGGCUCAAGGAAGGUCAAGACAGGCGAUUCCAUGUGGGUAGACAAGUACCGACCCAAAAAGUUUACCGACCUGCUCGGCGAAGAUCGAGUCCACCGGGAGGUCAUGUCCUGGCUCAAAGAAUGGGACAAAUGCGUCUUCAAAAAGGUCCCUCAAGCCGGCAAGAAACGCCGCUUCGACGACUCUUUUGAACAAUCCGAAUACACCGACGCCCUCGGCCGUCCCCGCGAGCGUGUCAUACUCCUCUCUGGUCCUCCCGGGUACGGCAAAACCACCCUCGCCUCCAUCGUCGCCCAACACGCAGGCUACAAAAUCCUGGAGAUCAACGCUUCCGACGAAAGGUCUUACCAGACAGUGCAUACGAGGAUUCGGAGUGCGAUCGAGGUGGGGACGGGGUUGGGGAGUGGGGGGAAGCCGACGUGUGUCGUUGUUGAUGAAGUGGAUGGGGCUGGGGGGGCGGAGAGUGGGUUUGUUAAGGCGUUGGUCAAGUUGAUACAGGAUGUGCCUGCUAGGAAGAAGACGAAUACCCCGGCCAAGCCUCUUCGACGACCCAUCAUACUUAUCUGUAACGACCUCUACGCUCCAGCCCUCAGACCACUCCGCCCAUACGCCCGUAUCAUCCGCUUCAAAAAGCCCCAGGCCCAGUCUUUGGUAGUGCGCCUGAAAGAGAUUUGCAGCAAAGAAGGUCUUCAGUCGGACAGCCGAUCGCUCAAUAGCUUGGUCGAUAUCACGAGCGGGGAUGUCAGGAGCUGCUUGAACACCCUUCAAUUUAUCAAAUCACGCUCCAACGCCGUCACAGAAGAGAUCGUCCGUGCCACCUCCCUCGGGCUGAAAGAUACCAGCACCACCCUCCAAUCCGCCUGGUCCGCCCUCUUCAUCCCCCUCCCCGCCAAAAAACGUCGUGCCCGAGGAAUCGACUCUGAGCGUUACCUCCCCCGCCUCAUCCCCAUCAUCCAAUCCUGCGGCGAGUACGAUAAAGUCACCCAGGGUGUAUUCGAGCAUUACCCCCAUCUAAAGCCGCUGGAUGGGACGUUGGGGAAUGUGGGAAGUGUGCUGGAUUGGGUGGCGUUUACGGAUCGGUUGCAGGGGCGGAUAGGGGCGGAGCAGGCGUGGGAUUUGAUGGGGUAUGUACCGUGGAGUUUGGCGGCUUGGUUUCCGCAUAUGGCUGCUCAGGCCAAUAGCGCCAAGCCUGCAGAAUAUCCCAAGGCAGAUUAUGAGGCAUAUCAAAACCGCACAGCAAACGAACUCGUAACAACUCAAUUCACAACCCUCCUCCCACCUGUCUAUCGUACCCUCUUCUCAACAACAACAACAGCCACCGAGCUCAUUCCUUUCCUCAUGCGCAUCAUCUCGCCUCCGUUGAAGCCUGUGAAUGCGAAUAUCGUGAAGCCGGGGGAGAAGGCGUUGUUGGAUAGGUUGGUGGAGCUGAUGUUGCCGAUGGGGUUGAGGUUUUUUGCGGAGAAGGCGGAGAAUGGGCAGCCGAUCAUGAGGCUUGAGCCGCCUAUUGAUGUGUUUGUUCAUUAUGAAGGGAAGAGGGCAGAAGAUAUCCUCGCUUCAAGGUACACUGUCCGACAACUUGUCUCCCAAGCUAUAGACGCCGAGAUUGCCCGUCGAAGGGGAGGCGCUACAGACGGAAACAACGGCCUCGGAACCACCUCCGGCGGCUUUGCUCAAGCGUACGGACUCAAGGGUAAUGAAACGGUCAAUAAACCUGUCGACAAAGCUCUUUUGCCAGUUUUGGACUUUUUCGGGAGGACGGUGGCUAUUAUCGAAGAUGAGACAUUGGGAGAGAAUGACGAUCCAGCGCAGGUCCGACAACCACCGAACAAAAAGUUUAAGCCUAUCUACAAGUUUAAUGAAGGAUCUUUGAGUGCUGUGAGGAGGAGUGUGAAGAUGUCGGCUUUGAUGUAG